AUGUUUGAGGAACGUCAGGACGCAGAAGCGUCCGCGACUCAUGGCGGUUCUCAACUUCGACAGGCUUUUGGGAGUGAAACAGUUUUACAGGCCUCCGCUGUCUCCGCCGCCGUCCCCCUGGAUACUUCAACGGGAGUGCAAAACGAUCGGGAAUUGGCGAACUAUCAUCAUCGGCAGUUGGAUGCUCUCAUAGGGCUUUACUAUGAGUUUAACCAUCUCACAUUUAUGAAGCUUCCAAUGAAGGAUACGCUGCAGCUGCUUCAACGCUGCGGGCGGGAGGCGGUUGCGCACAUCAUGGAGUUCGAGAUGCAACUGCGCAUGCAACGCGAGACACGACUUAAGGAGAUGGAUGCCGUGGCGAAAGAGGAGAAGGAACUGAAGUGUCGCCAACUGGAGGCGCAAGGAAAAAUUCUGGAGAUACAACUGCAGGCGGCGGAAACGAUGCAGCGUGGUAUAGCCGAGGAAGAGGAAGAGGAAGAGGAAGAAGAAGAAGAGGGUAGAGUACCAUAG